AUGGAGAAGGGAUACGACUCCCACUCGCCCCGCGGCGCACCAGACGUGGAGCACCGAGGCGAUGCUGUCGAGUUUGCUGGCGACGUCAAUUUCAAGACACUAAAUGACGGAACCCCCGAUCUUGUCGCCCAGAAUGAUCAACUACACCGUGGUCUGAAGAGCCGACACAUUCAGUUCCUCGCCCUCGGUGGUGCCAUCGGAACUGGUCUCUUCGUCGGCUCGGGCGCCAUUCUGUCAGUCGUCGGUCCAGCCCCCCUCUUCAUGGGCUACCUAUCCAUGAUGCUCAUCGUCUGGAACAUCAUGAACGAGCUCGGCGAGAUGGCAACAUAUCUUCCUCUCAAGGGCAUUUCCAUCCCUUACUUUGUCGAGCGAUUUGUCGAGCCCAGCCUAGGAUUCGCCGCCGGUUGGAAUUACUGGUACGCCUAUGCCAUGCUCGUCGGCGCCGAGGCCUCGGCCGGCGCCAUCCUUCUUGACUAUUGGAACACACCCGUGCCUGCUGCCGUCUGGAUCACCAUCAUCCUCCUCGUCACGCUGGCUCUCAACAUUUUUGCCGUUUCCAUCUUUGGUGAAGCCGAGUUCUGGUUCGCCAGCAUCAAGCUCCUCACCAUCCUCGGUCUCAUCAUGACGAGUCUCGUCAUCAUGCUCGGCGGCGCCCCUGACGGCGACCGCAAGGGCUUCCGCUACUGGAACAACCCCGGUGCCUUCAAACCCUACAUGGCUGACGGCAGCACCGGUCGCUUCCUCGCCUACUGGUCCGGCUUCUCGCGCGCCGGUUUCGCCUUCAUCACCUCGCCCGAACUGAUUGCCCUGGCCGCCGGUGAGACUGUCGCCCCCCGUCGCAACGUGCCCAAGGCCGCGCGGCGCUUCAUCUACCGCCUUGCCAUCUUCUACGGCCUCGGCUCCCUCAUGAUCGGCGUCAUUGUUCCCUCCGACAACCCCAACCUGCUGAACCCCGACUCCAACGCCAACUCGUCGCCCUGGGUCAUCGGCAUUCAGCUUGCCGGCAUCGGCGUUCUCAACCACAUCAUCAACGCUGCUAUUCUGACUUCGGCGUGGUCAGCCGGCAACGCCUUCCUCUACUCUGGCAGCCGUAUUCUCUACAGUCUCUCCCUCAACGGCCAGGCGCCCAAGUUCUGCGCCCGCACCAGCAAGAACGGCGUCCCUUACGUCGCCAUCCUCUGCACCUGGUCUAUCGGCCUGCUCGCCUACCUCAACGUCAGCACCAACGGUGCCACCGUCUUCACAUGGUUCAUGAACAUCAGCACCAUCAGCGGCUACAUUGCCUGGAUCGUUGUCAUGAUCACCUAUAUCCGCUUCCGCAAGGCCAUGAUUUUCCACAACAUGAUGCACCGCAUGCCCUACAAGACGCCGCUGCAGCCCUACGCCACUUGGAUCUGCCUUGUUGUGCUCAUCAUCCUGACUCUGACCAACGGCUUCCAGCUCUUCUUCCCCGGCCAGUUUGAUGUUCAAGACUUCCUGGCCGCCUACAUCACGAUCCCCAUCUUCCUUGUGCUCUACCUCGGCCACAAGCUCUGGUUCCGCACGCCGCUGGCGCGCAAGAUUGCCGACGUGGAUGUUGUCACCGGUGUCAAGGAGAUGGAGGAGCUCGCCGCCAUGGACGUUGAGCCCGUUGCGAAGAACUGGCUGCAGAAGGUGUGGUUCUGGAUCGCAUAA